AUGCAAAAGCUCUGGACGUUAAAGAAUGAAAAUGGGUCAAUUUGGGAUUGGGAUCAAGAAUUGCCCGACUACCUUAAACAAGAAUGGGCCAACAAUCAUACUCAACUCCCCCUGCUGAACGGUGUUUGGCUAGAGAGGUAUGUUCUCCUGCGCAAGGCAGUCGAGAGUGAGUUACACAUUUUCUCGGACGCAUCCGAAACAGCUUAUGGUGCGUGCGCUUAUAUUCGAUCUGUUAAUGAUCACGGCGAAAUUAAAGUGGCUCUCCUUACAUCUAAGUCGAGAAUCGCCCCCCUCAAGCAAGUUAGCAUUCCCCGCCUAGAGCUUUGUGGCGCUCUUCUGGCAGCCGAACUUUACGAGAAGAUUCGGCUAUCGAUAAAUAUUGAGAUGAAUGUGAAAUUUUGGACGGAUUCGACAGUGGUACUGAGUUGGCUGAGGGCUAUUCCAUCAACUUGGACCAACUUUGUGGCAAAUAGGGUUUCCAAAAUUCAGACUGCGACGGAAGGAUGCUCAUGGCAACACAUAACCGGCGCAGAAAACCCAGCUGAUGUCAUUUCACGAGGCUGUUUGCCGUCGGACAUUCUUCACAAUUCAUUAUGGUGGCAGGGACCAGAUUGGCUAAACCAAGACAAGGUUUCUUGGCCAAUUCCGAACGUUGAUAUCGUUACCAGCACUGAUUUUGAAUUGAGAAAAUCCGUAAUCGUUUCCUCUUCAGCGAACAUAGAACCCAGCUUCAUUGAUGACCUCCUGAAACAAUUUGAAAAUUUUCAUGCGCUUCUACGCUUCACCGCAUAUGCGUUGCGCCUCAGCACGAAUUUUCGUCUGCCACAGAGCGAGCGCAGAUUCCAGGGGCUCACGACCGACGAAUUGAGAACAGCAGAACACACGAUUGUCCGACUUAUCCAACAGCAGCAUUUCCCCGACGAGUGGAGAAGGUUGAAAAAAGGCGAGCCGGUAUCGAGUUCUUCGAAGCUGAAGUGGUUCUACCCAAUACUUAGCCAGCGUGAUGACGUCAUUAGAAUCGGUGGGAGAAUUGAUCGAUCAGCGCAACCGUACGAAUCAAAACACCAGAUAAUUCUCCCAGGAUCUCACCCCUUCACCGUUCUUUUGCUCCGCUCUUAUCAUCAUCGUCUACUGCAUGCUUCUCCCCAGCUGUUGAUAAACAUGGUCCGGCUCAAGUACUGGAUUUUGGGUGUGAGAUCAGCCACUCGGAAGGUUGUCUAUCAAUGUAUUGCCUGUGUGAGAGCACGACCCCAGCUGAUCGAACAGCUGAUGGCCGAGUUACCAGCAUCUAGAGUUUCUCCCACACGGCCGUUCUCUGUUAUUGGUAUCGACUAUUGGGGACCGAUUCAAAUCAAACCACGACACCGAAGAGAUGCUCCAGGCAAGGCAUACGUGGCUGUGUUUGUCUGUUUUUCGACGAAGUCCGUCCACCUUGAACUUGUGGUGGACCUCACUACAGCCAAAUUUCUCCAAGCGUUCCGACGAUUUGUGAGUCGUCGUGGUCUGUGUGCUCAUGUUUACACGGACAACGGUCGCAAUUUUGUUGGUGCGGCAAACGAGCUACGUAGGUUCCUUCGAAGCAACGACUACAAGAGUCAUCUGGCCAAUGAAUGCUCCGAGAAUGGGAUCCAAUGGCACUUUAAUCCACCGAGGGGAUCUCAUUUCGGAGGUUUAUGGGAGGCAGCGAUCAACUCGGCCCAGAAGCAUUUCGUCCGUGUUUUGGGAAACCACUUGUUGCCGUAUGAUGAAAUGGAGACGCUUUUAGUGCAGAUCGAAGGCUGUCUCAACUCUCGCCCUAUCACCCCUCUGAGUGACGACCCCACAGACUUAGAGCCCCUCACCCCUGGUCAUUUUCUCGUUCAAUCGGCGCUUAAGGCAGUGCCCGAUGACGAUCUACAGUCGUUGCCUACCAACAGGCUGACUCAAAUGCAGCUGACCCAGAAGUUGGCGCAAGAUAUUUGGAAGAGAUGGCAUGUUGAAUAUUUGGCUACAUUGCAAACUCGAUCGAAAUGGUGUAAGGCUCCCGUUAAAAUCGAAUUGAAUCGUCUUGUUCUCAUCAAGGAUGAGAAUCUCCCUUCCACACAAUGGGCAACUGGCAGAAUCCAUAAGCUUCAUCCCGGGGCUGAUGGGGUGACUCGGGUGGUAACACUGCAGACAGCAAAGGGUUUCAUCGACAGACCGGUUGCAAAGCUCUGUUUGCUGCUGAUCGCAUCAAUGGAUGGCGAGAUGAAUGAAGGCGAGAAUUCAUCAAUCAGCAACGAAAUCGAGAAUGGAAAUCAGCAUGAAUGA